AUGCAGUUGCCUUCUAGUAGCAGGGUUGAGAGGUCCUCUGGGUCCACGAAGCAGCCACCAUACAAAUCUCGUAGACGGCUGUUUACUCCCCUCACAACCACCAGCACUAUUGCUAGUGGUGACAGUAGUACCUCUACCUCCACUACUGCCAGUUCCACUGCUGUGGUGACACCUGCUAUGUUUUACCACAGCCGGGCAGUUUCAACACAGCCUGUUACUGCUGCUCAUCCAUUUAGGCAGCCUAAGAGGGAGAUAUUAAAGUUAGAGGAGGAAAAAUAUGCUAGUGCUACUCGGGCCACCACCACUACUACCAAUGCUACUGCCACCACCUCUCAUAGCAGCAGCAGUGCAAUUGACAACAUAAUACAAGAAGAUAUUCUUGUAGUUCCUGGUAGCCAGGGAGAAGAGGGAAUUGAUCAGUUAUCCCCAAUUCAGCUGAUGGUGACAUAUCUAUAG